AUGCUCGCUCACGUUCUACGCUCUUUAUCAACCGACGCGGGAAAUGGCGCCCUCAAUCGCCGCUGGGAAUUCCACGAAGAAGCUCCCCUCGAGGGCAGCGACCGAUCACUCUUUAUUGCCAUGGGCGUGGUUGCUCUCUUCUCCUUGGGAUCCACUCUCAGCCUCUUGUCUUUCCUUACCUAUCGAUUCGUUUACUGGCAGCGGUACUACAAAAGUCCCCUCGCCCAGAACCAAUACGUCGUCUUGAUUUACAACCUCCUGCUCGUUGAUCUGCAACAGGCCAUUGCUUUCGUGAUUAGUCUCUAUUGGGCAUCGCGAGGCAGUGUGCAUUACGGAGAACCGGCCUGCUAUCUGCAAGGAUGGUGGAUUCAGACGGGUGACCCCGGCAGUGGGUUGUUCGUCCUUUCGAUUGCCCUUCAUACUGGCGCCGUUGUGCUGCGCGGUCGACAGUUACCCUUCCAUAUUUUCUCUUACUGUGUGAUUGGACUGUGGAUGUUCAUUCUUGUCCUGGGAUUUAUUCCCGUCGGCCUCUACGGCAAAGAUGUCUUUGUUAUUUCUGAAGCCAAUUGGUGCUGGCUAAGUCCCGAAUACGAGAAUGAACGUCUCUGGGGCCACUACAUUUGGAUUUUCCUUUCCGAAUUCGGUACUGUUGUUCUCUAUGCAGUCAUGUUCGUAUAUCUCCGUCGCCGAAUGACCGAAUCGAAGAUGCUGCGUCGUGGUCAGCAAGAGAGUCUCCACCGUCUGAACCGAGUCGUCGUAUACAUGGUUAUCUACCCAUUCGUCUACUUGGUCUUGUCGCUGCCUCUUGCCGCUGGCCGUAUGGCUACCGCUCGGGGUGACUCGCCCAGCAAGACCUACUUCGGUGUCGCUGGUUGCCUCAUGGCCCUUUCUGGUGUUAUGGAUGUGGCGGUCUACACCUUGACUCGUCGUCACCUGCUCAUUGAUACCGAGCACAGCACCACCGACCGCAACUACGACAAUACCGACUCUCAUUGGCAGACCCAGAUCACCACCAAUGCCGGUGGCAGCCGGUCUGCAAGGAAGACCAAGGGUGGUGGAAUCAUGGGCUCUCGUCUGGGCUCUAAAUUCCGCCCAAGUGGUCCUAACGUGGCUAAGGAGGUCUGCAAGAGCCCCUUCGAGGACUCGACCGAAGAUAUUGUCCCCAAGAACGACAUGGAAAUGUCCAACUUCCGCGGCGUGUAUCAGGAGACUACCAUCGAGAUCUCGCAUGAGCCUGCCACCCCGAGUACCAUGGAGCACAGUCCGCGCCGAAGCGGCUAA